AUGUCAGUCAGCGCGGGGGCGCUACUGCUGCUGCUCAUGCUGGCGACGAUGGCGGAAGUUCCCUGCCAUGCGGGCACGAGAGUGGAGCUCCUGAACUCCUGCAUGCGCAAGAUGGUGGAAGGAGUGAGAGUGAAGGUAUCCUGCCUUGAUCGGUUACAUGUGGAGGGGUACGACUGUGAAGGAGGGUGUGAGGUGGGACUGUUCUGCGAUGAAGAUGUGGAGGAGGGAGCGGAGCUGGCUAGGAUGGAGAAGUGCAAGACCAUGCCGUUCCCAAGCCAUCAGCAGGAGGAGCUGCAACGGAGAUUUCGCUCCGUUCCUCAGGAGCAUGCUGCGAGGAUGGGGGAAGUCAGCAAGAGGCUCCACCUACCCCUGCUCUGGGAGCUGUUCAAGGCCAGGAGGCUCGCUCAGCAUCCUCUCUAUGAGUACCUGCUCACGGUUCCUAAGGGCCUGAACUUCCUCAACUGGCCAGAGGAGGAGCGAGCUGCGCUGGAAGGAACCAACCUCGCCCUGUCAGCCCGGUCAGAGCUGUCAGACAUGAAGUUGGUGUGCCAGGAGCUCUCGCUGGGAGAGGAGAUGACGUGGGAUGAUAUGAUGUGGUGCCGUAGUGUUGUGCUCGAGCGAUGCUUCCUCCAGGGCCUCGUCAAGCCUGCUGGGGCCGUGCUGGGGAGGGAGGAGGAGGACCUUCUGCCUUGCUUCCUCCCCGUGAUGGAUCUGAUCAAUCAUGACGCGCUUGCGUCCUGCAAGCUAUCAGGCGACGAGUCCCACGUCAUUCUGAGAGCGAGUAAGAAGAUGGCGAAGGGGGAGCAGCUGUUCUUCAACUACGGGAGCUCUAAGUCGAAUGAGGAGCUCAUGUUUGCAUACGGGUUUGCACUCGAAGACAACCCCGCAGACAAGCUGGAGCACUCUGCAGCUUCGAGGUUCUCUUGUGUGGAAUCGGAUCCUGACAUGUUCAAGAGAAAGAUGAGCCUGCUGAAAGAUCACAUCCUCACCGUCAUUCCGGAGGAGAAUCGCAUCUUGACAAAAACUUUCUACAUUUCGAUGGAUAUCCCGACCGGGAUCUCGAUGGAUAACAUCUCAAAUAUCGCCAUCUUGCUGUCAGACGAGGUUGCUUCUUUUCUUCCCCCCUUUACUUGUGAUCCGGAAGACCUUGCAGAGAUCGAGAAGGGUCAGCCCAUCAGGAUUUACCCGGAGAUGCUCGAAGAGCUGAAGGAGAUGCAGGAAGUGAAACUUGAGAAGUUGGACAAGUUGGAUCUUUCCAAGCUCCCAGGGAGCAGGGCGAUAUUCGCCUCCAACUAUGUGCAGGGCCUCAUUGAGAUUGUUGCUGCGUGCAUCCAGCGAUUGCAGAAACUGAUCGACGGUGCGUUGAAUCAGGAUGAGAAACGAGAUGAGAAGGAAGGACGGGGAGCAGAGAGAAUGGAGAGGGAAGGAGAGGAGACAUGA